AUGUACACAGCUGCCAUAACGGAACUCAUCCGAUACGUUGGGGAACUCCUUGUAACCCUUGUCUUAGCCAUCCUAAUUGCGCUGACGGGAGUAUUCUUCGUCUACAAGAACUUCGGACUCGCCUGCUUUAGCAUCGGGAUCGUGCUCUGUGUAGGUAUAUGGUGUUUGACCGUGCGACGCGUAAGGCGGCACGGCAGAUACCCUCAACUUCUUGAUGCACCCUUCGUCAUUGGAGUCUGGAUUGCUGAAGGUGUUGGAAUCCUUGUCGAAGGUGUCAAAGUCCUCAUUGAGUGGAUCCACCAAUACACUCGUCAGUUGUGGCUGCAGUUGAGGCUCGAGGUCGCGCCACCAGCCCCGUUCCGCCUACCAAACCUUCCGGCUGAGCUGCGAGACAUGCUGUACCACCAUGUCAGCAACAACAUCACCGGCCGCUCCGAGAGAUGGAUUCUCGGAAGAGUCGAGUUUGAGGCACUGACGACUGCGGAUAUCAGCAAAACCUCCUCACAGAUCCGCACUGAGUUCCUUGCCCAGGUCUUCCGUGAUAGUCCGAACCUGUCGUUCAUCUACCGCGGUUUUAGGGACUAUCAGGCGCUGUACGGCUUGUUGAAGACGAUCAAGCGAUACAGCCGCCGAACGUUGCAUCACGUGCACAUUAGGAUUUCUCCCGGUCAACACAUCUUGCCGGACAACAUAUUUGGAUCCGCGCUCGACGCCUUCAUUCAUGCGGGAGCGUCCUGCAACGUCGUAUUCUGGUGGCCCAGUGGGUAUGCUGACUUCUGCCGUAUCACAGUUGAGAGGACACUUUCAUUGCUGGAAGCCUUGAGCAGGAACGGGGUUCCAACAAGCACAUGGCCAAUCAGGGCGGUUGCCAAUCGCUACGAUGGCCACAUGUACGUCACAGCCUCGACCGAGGCUGUGACGUUCAAGUGCAUGUUUCGACGUUAUGGUGAGAGAGGUCAGAUCGGAGAGGAGGGAGCGUGGGAGUUCUUGCUUUGCGUAUGA